CUCUCUGUGAGUCAAACCCUGAAUCAAACCCAGAGCAGCCAGACGGAGCAGAUAGUUGGAGCUUUACGAAUUGGACCUCACCUGUCUCUGGAGCGGAGACAAAAGCCAAAAUGAUGCCCGAACCUUUAAAAUCGGCUCUGUCCAUCGGCGACGUGGAGGACACGUCUCUCGCUCUUCCGUCCGACCGAGAGCUGAGAUCCGCGCAGCAGCGAGUUCUGGAGCAGGUUCACACCAUCAAGAGGAGCAAGUCCAAAUACAGCAGCAAGAGCGUGUCCGGACUCACUUCUCCCACCAGCCCUGAAAGUGACAGCGUGUUUUACGACUUCAAGUUUUCUCCAGGCGCGUCUCUCAGCGGACCCUCGUUCAGCAGAGGAGGAACCAUGACAAAUGGGGCUACGCAAAGGCAAGGUUAUGUGCGCCAGUCCACCCACUCCCGCAGCUCCAGCGGUCAGCGGGUGGCCAGCGGCUCAGGCAAGUUAGAUCGCUACUUCUACAGCACUACCAGGACCCUCCCUGCCCAAACCCGGAGCAGUAACCAACUGUACAACUACCAAGCCACCCGCAGCGCUCCAGACCUGGGCUACCAGUCCACCUCCAACGGCGGCGCCGCCACUCUACGCACCCAAACCAGCCGACAGACCUUCAGCAGGGUGCAGAACCCUCAACCUCCCCAGGGUCUCGGUAACGGCACCAGAGUGUCUAACAGCAAUCAGGUCAGCACCAUGCGGCCCGUCAGACGCCCGUCUUCCCUGCAGUCCAACGGAGAGUCCAGGUAUUCCAUGGUCAGGAGCGGACAGGCCAAGGAUGUCUCUGGGAUGAACGCAGAGAGGCUCAUGGCCGAUAUGACGAUGCAAGAUGCGGUCGAAUAUCUGUACAGCCUUGAUGAGACCCACCAGCUGUGUGGAGCCGCUUACAUCCAGCACAGCACCUUCACCGAUGACAAGGCCAAGAAAGAGGUGCAGGCCCUGAAGGGAAUUCCUCCUCUGGUCGGCCUGUUAAGCAGUCCAAGUUCUCAGGUCCAGGAGACGGUGGCUGCCGCCCUGAGGAACGUGGUCUUCAAAAACCAGGCCAACAAAGAAGAAGUGCACCGCAACGAAGGAAUCACACAGGCUGUGCAGCUGCUCGGCGCUUCCAACACUGAGACACAGAAACACCUGACAGGUCUCCUGUGGAACCUCUCCUCCGCGGAUAACCUUAAGCUAGAUCUGCUCCGCAUCGCCCUGCCCGUGCUCAACGAGAAAGUCAUAGGGCCUUUUACAGCAAGCACAGAUGAUAACUCCAACACCACCCUGGAACCAGAGAUUUUCUACAAUGCCACGGCGUGCCUACGCAACUUAAGCGCCUCCAAACUGGCGAACCGACAAGCCAUGCGCAACUGCAAAGGCCUCAUUGAUGCGCUCAUGCGCUACACAGAGAACUGCGUCAAUAACGGGAUGCCUGACGACAAGUCUUUGGAGAACUGCGUCUGCAUUCUGCACAACCUCACCUACCAGCUGGAGACAGAGAUGCCGUCUCUCUUCAAUAAAUUAAACGUACUGGCCAGUAGCACUCGCAAUCGCGCCAGUGCAUCGGAUGUCGGUCCUAUAGGCUGCUUCAGCUCCCAGAGCCAAAAACUGCAGCAGGAGAGCGGCUUUGACUUUCCAGUGAUGGAGGACAACAAUCCUAAGGGUGCCGGCUGGCUCUUCCACUCCAAAGCCCUGCAGAUGUACCUCAAUCUGUUGAGCUCCAGCGAAAAAGAUGCCACACUUGAGGCCAGCUGUGGAGCACUGCAGAACCUCACAGCCAAUGAUGGCAUAGUAUCGAACGUGUUGAGUCAUACAAUCGUCCAGAAGCUCAACGGUCUUAAAUACAUCAGUCCGUUGUUGCAGUCGCCCAAUGCUGCUCUACAGAACAGCGCAGUCGCUCUGCUCGGGAAUCUGUCCAGAUCCGCACGUACAAACAAAACCAUGGCUCGUCAGACUCUCCCGCAGCUGGUCGGUUUCCUGAACUCGGGGCUCACGAAGGGCGACACCUCGCCCGAAUACGACAGCAAAAUGGCGUCAGCUCUCCACAGCGCACACACCAUGAUGAAGGUCGACCCUGAUAUCACCAAGAGUCUGCUCAACAACAGCCUGAUUAACUCCCUCAACAACCUGAGUCUCAAUCAAUCGGGUCUGCCAAAGUCCAGCACUGCAGCAGGGGUUCUUCUUCACAGUCUGUGGUCGGAAAAGAAUAUUCAGAGUUUCCUUAAAAAGCAAGGCUUGAGUAAGAAGUCCUUUGUGAAUGACAUAACGUCGGCAGCUUUCAAAUCUCUUCAGGUGGUCGACUAAGAAGCACUUUACAAACAAACUGCAUUUUAAUAGCAUUGCAUUUUAAUUUUGGUUGAGUAUUGCAGAAGAAAUGGUAAGAAUGAGCUUUAUUUUUUCUUUUGGGGCAGUAGAUGCUUUUUGUAACAAUGCAUAACAGAUGCAAUGACAACAUGCUUUUUCAUUUUUUUUGUAUUUCUCAAGACCGUAGUAUUUUCAUUCAGUUAAGAUUUUAUAUGCCAUUGUCUUUAUAAUGUGUUCUGAAAUGCAAAUGAUUUUAUGAGAGUGUUACAGGUUGUUUGUGCAGGUUUAAGAUAUUAUACUGUACUGUAUGAUAUAUUAUAUAUCAAGUCAUAUAUCAGACAAUAUGAAUAUAUUAUACAAGUAUGUCAGUCAGUUAGUGAGUAAUAAUUUUUAGGAAGUUUCUUUGGCUCAUUUUGAUGUUUGUUCAUCCUUACAGAUAUUGUGGUUGUUAUGUUAAGGGUGUGGAUCAAUCUGUAUGUUUCAUCUCACAAUGACUUCAAGCAAAGUUUCAAUAAAGUUUUCAACAACA